AUGCGCGCAAACGGUUCAAUCGCAUUGUUGGCUCUUGCUGCCGCAGGACACGCUGCCGUCCUCCAUAAGCGCGAAGCAGCAAUUUGCGUUAAGGACUCCUGCCUUGAGCUUUUCCAACGCCUUGAAAUCAUCGCAAAACCGUUCUGCUCUGCCUAUACCCAUUCUCCGACUCAUCCCGUACCAGCGUUCGCCGCUCGAUGGUCCGACGUCCCGGCUAAAAUAUCAAGCGCAUGUGCAUGCUUGAAUGGUGGUAAGCCGACCGCAGCUCCUAGCAGCACAUCUGCGGUCAUCUCGACGCCGAUCUGCUCACAGACUGUCGUCACAACUGCUGCGCCUUCAGCAACCACGUCGCCAACUACUGAUGCGUGUUAUGUGACGAAAUUCUCGGCCAUUCCAGCAGCUACAGCGGCUUGCACGGAUAUCACCCUGGAUGGAAUUACCGUUCCCGGAAACUCGACCAUUGACCUGUCGAAGCUAAAGAAAGGCACCAAGGUCACGUUCAAGGGCAAGACGUUCUGGGAGUACUUUGAUGCCAAUUAUCCUUUCAUCAAGGUCGGAGGCACCGAUCUUGAGAUCACGGCUGCCGAGGGUGCUGUCCUGGAUGGCAACGGUCAAGCAUGGUGGGAUGGUAUUGGCAGCAAUGGCGGUGUCAAAAAGCCUAACCAUUUUAUCGAGCUCACCAAGGUUCUUGGAUCCAGUUCAGUCCACGAUAUCUACAUUGAAAACUAUCCCGUCCAUUGUUUCAGCAUCAGCAACAGCGCGGGUAUUGAUCUUCACCACAUAACCCUGAACAACAGCGCCGGAUAUGCACCAAACAACCGCUCAAACGGCCUAGCAGCUGCUCACAACAGCGAUGGCUUCGGUAUCGGGACUUCAAACAACACCGUAAUCCGUGACAGCAUCGUCAUCAACCAAGACGACUGCGUAGCGGUAACCAGCGGCAACAACAUCAUGGUUAACAACAUGUACUGCAACGGCAGCCACGGCCUCUCCAUCGGUUCCGUCGGCGGCAAGUCCUUCAACAACGUGACCAACAUCUCCUUCAAGAACUCAGUUGUGCUGAAUGCCGAAAACGGUGCGCGCAUCAAGAGCAACUCCAACACCACGGGCUUCAUCUCCAAUAUUCUUUUCGAGAACAUCCGCGUGGAGAAUAUUUCAAUCUAUGGUAUCGAUAUCCAACAAGACUACCUCAAUGGUGGCCCCACGGGCAACCCAACGAAUGGAGUGUUGAUCCAGGAUGUCACGAUCAGGAAUGUUACUGGUACUGCGACUGAGGAAGGACGGAAUUACUACAUCCUCUGUGGAGAAGGAAGUUGCAAAAACUUCAACAUUAAUGAUGUUGAUAUCCAGGGAGGAGGGAAGCCGAGUGCUUGUAAUUUCCAGACGAAUGGGAAUUUCGAUUGCGAUGGGGGGUUUCACUAG